AUGUUAGUGUGAGAGCCUGUUAAAUGGACCUGCGAAGGGUUUUCAUCUUUGCCCUCGUCCUGGGGGUUGCUGUGCUGAGCCAUGGUCCAGUAUUUCUGCUUGAGCCGCCGGCACAUCUUACUUUCUCCAACACCACUGGGUCGCAGGUCAGCUGUUCAGCUCACGGGUCACCGAAUCCGCAAGUGGACUGGCUGCUGCAGGACGGCCAGAUGGUCACAGCGGUCCCGGGAUUACGGCAAUCUCUCGGUAAUGGGACGCUGUAUUUCCCACCAUUUCGGGCUGAGGACUACAGGAAAGAUGUCCACUCCACGAUUUAUCGUUGCAGAGCUUCAAAUUUAGCGGGAAUUAUACUCAGCCGGGAAGUUAACGUCCGAGCCGUGGUGAAUCAACAUUACGAGGUGCAGGUGUACCACACUCAUGUGUCAGCAGGGAACACUGCAGUACUGGGCUGUGUGAUUCCUGCAUUCGUGAAGGAGCACGUCAGCGUUACGUCGUGGUCUAGAGACGAGUCGAUCCUGCUGCCGGGCUCAAACAUGGGGGGACGAAUCGUGGUUACCUACGGAACCGGCGAGUUGCAUAUCCGCUCAGCUCGUGCGGAAGACGGUCUAGCCAGAUAUUCAUGCUUGACGCUGCAUGCAUUGACCCAAGAGAGGAAAAGAAGUUCCCCCGCCAUGUUGACUGUAACAGAUCCGAUAAGGAGUAUGGCACCUAGACUGGCACCUUCCGUCCAAACCACUGUUUCAGCAGACAGAGAGUCUGACAUCCAUUUGACCUGUUCUGCCCAAGGAAACCCCCCACCAGUUUUUAAUUGGUUUCGUGAAAUUAAUGGCCACCUGCAACCAGUUCACUCGUCAGCCAGAUUUGAGCCCUCUCAAGACAUUUUGCACAUACGAAGACUGAAAGCCGAAGAUACCGGCAGGUGGACCUGCAAAGUGUCCAACAAUUUUGGAGAACAACGAUUAGACAUACACCUAACCGUCACUGCUUACCUAAGUGUUCACGUGCUCCCUCAGUUACAGGUAAUCAACUCGGGGGAGAGUGCAAUUUUCAAUUGCACAGUGUCCGGAUCCCCUGUGGGCAGGAUCCAGUGGUUUCGGAAUGGGGAGGUGCUUCCCACCGAUGGAAAUGGAAAAGUUAAGUUGUUAAGCCCGUUAGUCCUGGCAGUUAGCGAAGUUACACGCCAUGACAGAGGGAUGUACCAGUGUAUGGUCCGCAAUGAUCGCGAGAGCGCUCAGGGGAGUGCUGAACUUCGACUUGGAGAUACUGUGCCAGAGUUGCAAUACACGUUCAUAGAGCAGGCGAUGAGGCCCGGACCGCAGGUUUCUCUCAGAUGCUCGGCGACUGGGUCGCCGCCACCACAGUUUAGAUGGUUACUCGAUGGGGAACCGCUUUCAGACGUCAAAUCCGGGCACAGAUACGCAAUAAGUCAAUACGUUGAUCAGGCUGGGGAUGUGAUUAGUCAUUUGAACAUCACCAACGUACGUGUAGAAGACGGCGGACUGUACAGCUGUCGGGCACUAAAUUCCCUAGGAUCAACAGAGCACUCCGCUAGACUCAAUAUAUACGGUCCGCCGUUCAUCAGAUCCAUAGGUCCCGUGAAGGCGGUAGCUACGGCGGAUGUUACUAUUCACUGCCCCUAUUCGGGAUACCCCAUAGAUUCUGUCAGGUGGGAGAGACAUGGCCAAGAGGUCCUUCAGGAUCUCAGACACCGGUUGGAUGAAGGUGGAUCCCUGACGAUAUCCCGCCUAGACCCCACGACAGACUCCGGUUUUUACGCUUGCUAUGUGACGAGCCGGGAGGGGGAAACGGCGAGGAGGGAAAUCCAACUCAUCGUGCACAGCCCCCCGAUAAUCGAACCGUUCUCCUUCUCAACCAGCCUGCAGGAGGGCAAAAGAGCCCAAGUCACUUGCUCCGUUACUUCCGGUGACCUGCCGAUACAUUUUGCAUGGCACAAAGACGGUGAAUCCAUUCCGGCCUCGCUUCAGGUGGAGGAGCGGGCGGCUGAGUUCUACAGUGUGUUAAUAUUUAAAGAGGUGUCUUCGAGGCAUAGCGGCGCUUACACUUGUGUGGCCAGCAACUCGGCUGCCAAGGCGAACUACACGGCGCAACUGAUGGUCAAAGUCGCUCCACAAUGGGUUAUAGAACCUCAAGACGUGUCAACACUUCUAGGAAAUCCACUUCUCAUAGAAUGCUCAGCCAAGGGUUUCCCCCAGCCCCAGAUAACCUGGCUCAAGGGGCAAGGCAAAACGACGUCGGAUUACCAGCCGGUUUUGAGUCUACACAGCAGGGCGAGUCUGAUGGCGAACGGUUCGAUGUGGUUGGAAACUGUAAGUCCGCAGGAUGAGGGACAUUAUUUGUGCCGAGCGACAAAUGGUAUAGGUUCUGGUCUAGGAAAAGUGAUUUACGUCGGUGUGAACGAGCCAGCGCGAUUCGAUUUGCCAGCGAGGAACGUCUCCACGAAGCGGGGCAACUCGGCCGUACUGCUUUGUCACGUUUACGGAGAUACCCCGAUUGAAGUCGUCUGGACGCUCAACGGAAAUCAACUGGAUUUAAACAACUACAGAUAUUCCAUAAGCAGCAUAAAGACCGAGAAUGGAGUAAAAUCUCAAGUAACAAUCAGCAGAACGGAUAGAGAGGAUUCUGGGGUUUAUAAAUGUCUUGCCGAAAACGCUUUUGGCCGUAGCGAACACAUCAUUAAUCUUGCCGUUCAAGAAAGGCCCGAUCCUCCUAGUAUGUUGGAAGUAGUUGAGGUUUCCAGCCGAUCAGUGAGGCUUGCAUGGAAAAGACCCUUUGACGGCAAUAGCCCCGUUAUCGGCUACUUAGUUCAAUAUCAAAUUCUUGGCGCUAACCAGGGUGACUGGGAACAAUCUCACGCUUUAAAUUUAACCCUGCCCGCCAAUACACAGACUGGUUACGAAUCGCCUUCGCGCGAAGAGGCUGUAAUAUCGAGCCUACAACCGGCCACCGUGUAUACGAUCCGCAUGCUAGCAGUGAACAGUAUAGAUCAAAGCGCCUUUACCGAAGCCAUAGUGGUUAAGUCUCAAGAAGAGGAGCCCUCUGAAGCUCCAAAGGAUGUCCGCGUCGAAGCCGUGGGCCCUGGAGAGCUGUUCUUAACUUGGUCAGUGCCUCCGCGGGAGAGCUGGAACGGGGAACUAUUAGGGUACAUCGUUACUUGGAACGAAAACGAGGGUUUAGCGAACAAUUCGAAAAGCAUGACAGUGAAAGGGUGGGCGACGAACAAACUCCAGUUGGCGGGUUUGAAGAAAUUUACGCGGUACGACAUAACGGUGCGCGCCUUUAAUAGCGUGUCCGCCGGACCUUCCUCGGCGAGCAUCAUCGGCACCACCAAGGAAGGGGUCCCUGAGGCGCCACCGCAGAAUAUCGCCUGCACGGAAAUCUCCUCGCAGAUAAUGAAGAUCUCUUGGACUCCACCGCCGCUAAAUUUUCACGGGGGGCUCAUUUUGGGCUACAAGGUGUUCUAUCGACCGAUUUCCAGUGAAAUCAUGGAUAUACUAACAACGGGCGAGGUGAAAAGAACGUCAAGUAGCGAAACGUACUUACAUGGUCUUUACAAAUUUACGAAUUAUUCCAUAAAAGUGUUGGCCUAUACUGGAGCGGGAGAUGGGAUCAUGAGUCAGCCUUUGUUCUGCACUACGGAGGAAGACCUUCCCGGUCCGCCAGCCAGCAUAAAAGCUGCUGCCCUGACAGGCGAAUCAAUUUUGGUGUCAUGGUUAUCACCAAGUAAGCCCAACGGCCGUAUAAGUCUCUACACCGUUUAUUGUCGGGAGGCGGGGCGCGUAGGAAAACACACCAGCUAUAACAUGAGGAUAGAGGAUAUGGUCCUCGUGCACGGGCUGAUAUACGAGGUGAGGAAUCUCAAGGAACACCAGCUGUACGAAUUUUGGGUAUCUGCAACGACCACUAUCGGCGAAGGAGAGCCCACGUCUAUUAUUGCUCAAUCAACCAAUUCCAGGGCGCCUUCAAGAAUAGCGUCCUUUACGCAAGUGUUGCACAAACCUGAUAAAUCUAAGGUAUUAUUACCCUGCUUGGCCGUGGGAAACCCGACUCCUAGGACCAGGUGGAUACAUAGAGAUCGGCCUAUAACUUUCAGCCCGUUUUAUGAAGUUACCAGCGACGGCCAUUUAAAAAUCCACAGUGUCGACCCUUCACUGGCGGGCAACUACACCUGUUCCGCCAAAAAUCUGUUCGGCGAGGAUGAGAUAACCUACACCCUGGUUGUCCUUAUGCCUCCGAGUGCACCAACUUUAGAGGUGCAGUUCACUACUGCCACGAGCAUCAGACUGCACUGGACACACCCAGAAGACGGUGGGGCUUUGAUUCAAGGUUUCACCUUAAAUACGAAGCACGACACUGACGACUGGGCCUCUAUCGAGCUGUCACCGGAGCUGUCAGUUUACACUCUCGAGAACCUGCGCUGCGGUUCCUUGUACCACAUUUACUUGCUCGCUCACAACAGAGUAGGCAAUGGAAGUCCCAGCCCCAUCCAAACAGUUAGCACCAAAGGAGGCCCCCCACACCUCCCUAAAGAAAAAGAUUUCAUCAUAACCAACUCCACGACUUUGCAACUGAACUUGUACAACUGGCCCGAUGGGGGUUGCCCGAUAGUACAGUUCUCCAUCCAGUACAAAGGCUAUAACGAGAAAAAGUGGAUAAUCGUCGCCAAGAGCGUGUCGGAGGAGCGGAUAGUUGUCCACAAUCUAACCCCCGCUACUUGGUAUCAGUUGAAGAUCAGCGCGGAGAACGACGCGGGGACGGCUCAGGGGUUCUUCAAUUUUGCCACGACUACACCGACAGGAGGACAAAUUCCAAUGCCAACAAAUCUGUUGGAAGAGAAUGCACCUACCGAAGAAGGAGUGUUUUUCAUGGAAGCUUAUGUCGUAAUUCCCGCAAUCAUUACGGUGUGUCUGCUGAUUUUCCUUACUGUUUUUUGGAUAGUCGUUUACAAGAGACGGAGAACCACUGACGAUGAGGCGCCGCAAGGAGAAGAGAACGAGCUCGAACACCACCACCACCAUCACGAAGAAAAGACAGCUGAAAGAGAUAACCGCAGGAAUUGCCAACAGGUGUAUACUUCUUCGCCGGUCAAGUCUAACGAGAAACUGUCUGAUGAUGCUUCCGGCAUGUAUGAGAUCAGCCCUUAUGCCACCUUUAGCGUACCGGGACCUAACAACAGUCGCUCUGUCACCACCUCUACUCUAGACUACACCAUGCAAUUCAAAACCUUUGGACACAUCGAAGACGAUGACCACAACGCCGUUAUGUACCCCAAAACCGCCAGCGGAAAACACACCUGGCACAAGAAUCGUUAUUACAGCAAUGAAGGUAACAUAAUAAAGGCUAGACUAAGACAAUCCCGUUUGGCGACAAGGGGUGAUUCGGAGUCGGACGACACCAGCGGCAGCCCUUGCGGCGAGUGCCCGAGCGGAUCCAGCUACAGGGUUCCCGUGAAGCCUGCAAGAGAUCUGUUCCGACCCGAUUCCAGUACGGAGUCCAACGACGUGUCCCCGUUGGCCGAAAGGAGGCACACUCCGAGACACGUGGGGGGCAGGAGACACCAUAGACCUACAAGUAGCAGCAGUUCUGAAGACGACCAAGUGUUAGAAGUGGCUUCUUCCGACGACCUAAGGUUACAACCCCCAACUGGAUUUUCUGACAGCCGCGAACUCAGCGAAGCCGAAUGCGAUAGGGACCUCAAACUGGCAAAAUUACCGAUUGAACUAGCAUCCAUUUUAGCACGAUACCAGGAACGUAAAGAACAAGAAAGGAAGGAAUUCACCAUACAUGUCUAAAGUGUACAAAAGUGGACGGCCAACGUACGAUUCUAAAUUCUUAUGCAUUUCCCCGCAGCAAGUAAAUCUUUUUUCGACACCCACCAAAAUUGUUGUACUCUCAAUGGACUGAUUUUUCAGUGUUAAUAGAAUAGAAUAUGAUAUUUACCGAAUUAACUUAUAUUUUAUGUAAAUAUUA